GAACCACUGUUUGGGAACCCCCGAUUUUCCGUGUUUUAGCAUUAAAUUAGAUAUUCUUGUCAUUAAUCCCCCGGUGUUGCAUGUUGUACUGAAGAACACGGCCAUCCCCCUCUCAGGGUCCGUCGAAAGGAGGAGUUUAACCCCACAUUGUCUGGGAGGAGUCCGCAGUCUCUUGGCGCUCCGUCCCAGGAACAUUUGGUCUGGAAACAGAGGAAUCGUGGAAGUACGCUUCAAGAAUUUUCGAUUUUUGUGUUUCCGUUAAAUGCAACAACGUUAUAGUUAGCGGUCGCGAAGAGGGAAGCACGUGAAUACUGCGAGAAGUAUGUUUUAUCAGAGGAGACAUUAGCCGAUGAGCCAGACGACAAAGGGAUGAGUUUAUGUGAGCAAUGAGGCGGCGGGAACCUUGCACAUAAGAGCUCCAAUCUGAGAAGAAACUUUCAGACAGGCAGCAAUGGGGAAUUCAGAGAGCCAAUAUAGCAUCCAGGGCCCCAAAGGCACCAGCUUUGUCUUCCCUGGGAAACCUAAGCCAUACUCACUGAAGCUACGCACAGCCAAAGAUGACGCUUUAUCGCCCCAUACUUGGUGGAAAAGUGCCCCGGUGGGCUCAGGGUACAAGGCCAGGUGUGUUGGCCGUGGCUGUCUGUCCCCUCCUAAAAGCCGUCCGCCUUACUCCCCACGGCACUGUGACUACGUCUCAAAGGGGACGAGGGGCAGCCCGAGUGAGCAUCGCUGGCAUCGAUCGCCUGGAUGUGGUAUACGAAGGCGGCAUAUGUCAGAUGAGUAUGAAGAUAAUCCAUACGGGGCUGAUCUUAAUAGGAGCACCCUGAAUGGAAACAGUGAUGAGCAUGAGGCUUUAGAGGAACAGAGCAGCCCACGGGUGGUGAUCAAGAAGGAUGGCAGUCUCAGGGUGGAGUUCACCAACACCUCGGGCAAUCCCCUCCUCCUGGACGAGGCUUCUGGCCCCGUACAACUGCUCAAGUUCUCUCCCAACCUGGAGUCUGCCUCCACUCCCAGUCUGCCUGGUUCAAGUGGUAGUAGGCAGGACAGCCACCGCAGCGGUCCGCCGCCGGCCUCUACCUCCUCUACGGCGAGGACCAGCAAGGGAAGCUCACUGAGCUCUGAUGGCUCCUGGUAUGACUCUCCCUGGGGGCCCAGCACAGAGCUGUGUGAGCAGGACCAACCUUGCGCUGCCAGCAGGACGCUAGUCCACUCCCCCAGCCACCAGCUUGACUCCUUCACUGAACAGUCUCCCCCUGUGUCCAUCACGGACCUCUACAAGGACUCCACAAUGGCUGCCACCUUUCCCACAGCCAGGGACCUGUCCUCCCACUUACAACAGCCUCCACCAGGCCAGAGGGCACACAGAGCCUCUUUUGCAUCGGUCUUGGAUGUGCCACUGGAGGAAGAAUCUCCCGAGGCCUGCCAGUACUCAUCAUACACCCUGCCCUGUCGCAGGCCCAAAGCUCACACCAUGAGCGAGGAUCUGGACCAGUAUCCUAACCAGGAGCAGGCUGGACCUGAUUUUGGCUUCCAUAAGAAAGACUCUAUCAAAAACCGCAUCAGGCGCUUCAGUGACUGGACCGGAAGCCUGAGCCGCAAGAAGAGGAAGUCUCAGGAGACCAGGUACAAGGACCUGAGCGAUGCCUUCGAUAGUGGGGUUGAUGGCCUGACUGCAGACACCAGCUCCCCCUCUCAGGUGUCGAGCGUCCUCUGGUUCCCCGGAGCCUCCAGGGCCCAGUCAUCAGGAGCCAUUCACCAAACGACCAGUGACGCCCUCCGCCAGAAUAUCUAUGAGAACUUCAUGAGGGAGCUGGAGACUGGCACUGGACAGGGAGGAGGGGGAGGUGGUGAGAGGAGAGACCCAUCCACGGGCACCGAAGAGGGGGAGAGCAGCAGCGAGUCGGCCGAGGGCUCCCUGGAGCAGCUGGAUCUGCUGUUUGAAAAGGAGCAGGGGGUGGUCAGACGAGCCGGCUGGCUUUCUUUCAAACCCCUCAUCACUCUGCACAAGGACAGGAAGCUGGAGCUGGUGACUCGCCGCAAAUGGAAGCAGUACUGGGUGACCCUGAAAGGAUGUACAUUGCUGUUCUACGAGACUUACGGCAAAGGCUCUCCAGAGCAGGAGCUGUCUCCUCGCUACGCUCUCCUGGCCGAGGACAGCAUAGUCCAGGCUGUCCCCGAGCACCCCAAAAAGGAGAAUGUCUUCUGCCUCAGCAACUCGUAUGGAGACGUCUACCUCUUCCAGGCCAGCAACCAGACUGACCUGGAGAACUGGGUGACAGCCAUCCAUUCUGCCAGUGCUUCGCUGCUGGCCAAGCGCCAGGGGAAGGAGGAUACCGUGCGCCUGCUGCGGAGCCAGGUCCGCGGCCUGCUGCAGAAGAUCGACAUGGACGGGAAGAUGAAGAAGAUGGCCGAGCUCCAGCUGACGGUGGUCAGCGACCCCAAGAACCGCAAGGCAAUUGAGAACCAGAUCCAGCAGUGGGAGCAGAACCUGGAGAGGUUUAACAUGGAUCUGUUUAGGAUGCGCUGCUACCUGGCCAGUCUACAGGGUGGAGAGCUGCCCAACCCAAAGAGCCUGCUAGCAAUCGCCAGCCGUCCCACCAAAAGCACCCUGGGGCGCCUGGGGAUCUUCUCGGUCUCCUCCUUCCAUAGUCUGAUCUGUUCCAGAGAUGAGGCCACACUCAGAAGGCGCUCAUUGUCCCUAAAUCACAGACAGCGCAAGAGAGGCCUUUUCUCCUCUCUUAAAGGCCUCGACAACCUUACGAAGAGGGGCCGGGACAAGAGGCCCUCUGCAUCGCAGAUCUUUGAGAGCGACGCUGGAGGUCAAACGUACGCCCUCCCUCCCAGGAGCACUGAGAAGCUGGAAAUGCUGACCAGCAUCUACUCCAUGUCGCCCCCUGAGGGCGGUGUGUGGGACAGCAUCAGCGGCGCAACAGACGUGCUGACGUGUGUCCACAUGCCAGACGGCCUGACAGUCCAAGUUCCUGUCAGAAGAGACCAGACAGCCGCUGACCUUCUCUCCGCAGCAUGCAAGGUGAAACAGCUGGACCCGGGCCUGCACUGCCUCCGACUGCACAGGCGAGCGCCGCAAGGCGUGGAGGUUCAAUACGUGGGUCCUGGCGAGCUCCUCCGUGAUGUGGUCAAUGAUCAGUUGGAGGUUGUCCCAGUUAACGUGUUUACUCUCCACAUGAGCAAGCCGAGCGGCACCGGAGACUUUGGUUUCGCAGUAACAGGACACAUUGACAGCCAGAAAAACAGCAGGAUUUUUGUCAGCGAAGUGCUUCCUGAUGACCUGGCAUUCAACGAAGGCCUGCGUCCAGGCGAUGAGGUCCUGGGGCUGAACGGCCGGUGUGUGUCGGGCCUGGACCUGGGGCUAAUCCAGACGCUGUUUGCUGAACAAACCCUGCACCUGACCCUGAGGCGGGAUGGACCCCUGCCGCUAACCUCCAACCACCGCCAUCCUCUCGCACACAACCAGGAGGUUCCCAGCAAGCACCACCGAGCCAAGUCCUCCUCAGAUGUGUUCUCUGCAGCUGAUGGUGUAGGACUGGAGAACGGUCACUCCCACUGCGCACACAGGCCUGUUCAGCACAGCAAGAGCGUGGACACAGUGUGCACUCUCUACCAGUCCUUCCAGGAAGGGAUGAGCUCAGGCCCUGGGGGUUUGAUGGACAACACCAAAGAACCUCCUGUGAGGCAGGGAGGGGAGUUACGCUCGGGUCCCACGCGAGAGGCCCCCCUGCUCAGACCUUGCCCCAAGCAUAUGAGUGCCACUGAGAGGCUACGCAAGGUCAUCCAGGAGCUGGUGGACACAGAGAAGUCCUAUGUCAAGGACUUGGCCUGUUUAUUCGAGAUCUACCUGAAACCCCUGCAGAAUGAAACCUUCCUCACACUGGAUGAGAUGGACAGUCUGUUCGGCAGCCUGCCAGAGAUGUUGGACUUCCAGAGGGUCUUCCUACAGACCCUGGAGGAGAGGAUCGCCUCCUCGCCUGACUUCAGCACUCUCGAGACCCCCUCACAGUUCAAGAAGCUGCUGUUUUCUCUUGGGGGUUCGUUCCUCUACUACGCUGACCACUUCAAGCUCUACAGCGGCUUCUGUGCCAACCACAUCAAGGUGCAGAAGGUCCUGGAGAGAGCUAAGACGGAUCAGGCCUUCAAGGAAUUCCUGGAUGCGAGGAACCCCACCAAGCAGCACUCAUCCACCCUGGAGUCCUACCUGAUUAAACCAGUGCAGAGGGUUCUCAAGUAUCCCCUGCUGCUCAGGGAGCUGGUCUCCCUCACUGAUGCUGAUAGUGAGGAGCACUACCACCUCACCGAGGCUCUGAAAGCCAUGGAGAAGGUGGCCAGCCACAUCAAUGAGAUGCAGAAGAUCUACGAGGAUUACGGCUCUGUGUUUGAUCAGCUAGUUUCUGAGCAGAGUGGCCACGAUAAAGAGGUCACAGAGAUUUCUAUGGGAGAGUUUCUCAUGCAUUCCUCAGUGGUUUGGCUCAACCCGCAUACGUCUUUGGGUCGCAUGAGAAAAGACCCCGAAAUGACCGUGUUUGUGUUCAAGAAAGCGGUGAUAUUGGUCUACAGGGAAAACAAGCUGAAGAAGAAGAUGACCAACUCUCGUUCAGCACUUUCUCACGGAGAUUUGGACCCCUUUAAGUUCCGUUGGCUCAUUCCGCUCUCUGCGCUGCAGGUCAGGUUGGGAAAUACUGCAGGAACAGGCACAGAAAGCAGCUGCAUCUGGGAGCUGAUUCACUCCAGGUCUGAAGUGGAAGGGAGACCGGAGACAGUCUUCCAGCUGUGUAGCAGUGUGCCAGAGAACAAGGUCCACAUCAUCAAGGUGAUCCGCUCCAUCCUCAGGGAGAACGUGAAGAGCAACAUGAGGACCGAGGGCACGUUGGAGAGGAGCUGUAAGGAGCGCCUGGUCCCCCUGCGCAGCACCCUGCCCUCCUCCGCCAGGAUAGGUUCCACCAGGGCAUCCUGGUUGUGUAAGCAGCCACUUGGAGAUCUUGCAACCCAGGCUGCGAAUCCCAAGCUGGGGCCAGACUCAGAUGAGGGGAGCCUGAGCAGUGGAACCUACAGUUUAUCUGGGGCUCCUCCACCUUGCACCUCCUCUGAGAUGCACAUCCUCCCUGUCCAGCAGAACUGGCCUCAGCCACCUGGAUCCAGCUCGCAAACCUGCUCCACCUCUGCUGUGAAAGAGUCUGAUAUUUUAAGUGAUGAUGAUGAUGGCUUUAGCGAGGGGGGAAGAAGGAGGGGCAGUGGAGACAGCAGUUCCCCAACUAGCGCCAUUGAGGCUCAGUUCCUCCAACUUAAACUCUCCGAGGACGCUGCUCCAGCUCCCUGUGUUCAACCUGAGGGAGUGGGGGACACUCCAGAGACCCAACCCAAACUGAGGCGAGGACACUUUAAUGCUGUUAAGAGGAAUACCAACAGUUUGAGGAGGAGCCAAGGUGCACUGUUAAACAUGAAGGCACACAGCACGUCACUGGACAGACAGACUGAUGCAGCAUCGCCGUCAGGGGUCAUGGACUUCAACACGUUGUUGGAGAGAGAGUUCAGCGUCCAAAGUCUGGCUUCUGUAGUGAAUGAAGACUGUUUCUAUGACCCUGCUGAGAGCUGUGCCACUGAAUCUGGAAGUGCCACCUCAUCAUAGGGGACUGAGAGACUCGGACCAAAGCCCCUGUGGCUCACUGCAGGCUCUACUAGUGUGGCUGUGAAGCUGUGCCUAAACUCGGAAGUCGCUUUUGUAAGCCACAAACCUGCCAGCUAAAAGUUAGGUGUAAAAUAUCAGUUCCGAUAGAAGCCUUGGCUGACAGACCCAGUUACUCCACAGAGAGAGGUGAAGCGAGGUGAUUUCUGUUCCAAUGAUGAUACCUGUAACGAAUCUGCCAAGCACUGAUUUUCCUGCGAUUUCCUCAGCUCUCUGGGCUUUUCCCAACAAGCUGUCUGAGUAUUCCAUCCUGGUUUCCCCUGCAGCUCAUGCUGAUUGGCAGUUUUUAUUUGGUUGACCUUUUGAAGAAAUGGAGAGAAUGUCCUCGUCAGUACCAAAAGUUAAGAGGAAGAAAGUCCGUAGUGCAUAUAGAGCCAUGGGAACAAGUUUUUGGAGGCACAAUUUGCCGGGCAGCAGGCCUUCACACAGAGGUCAUGGGUUCAGGGUUGGUAAAAUUUUCAUUUGCAUUUGGUGUCACAGAACCAAACACUGUGGGUCAUUGGUUAUUACAAAUUACCUUUUUGUUAAAAGUGAAAGGUGGCACUGAUUUAAAGGCUAUCACGGACUAAAAAGAUCUAUCCAAAGAGCUGUGGUGUUCGUGUCAGUCUUCCUGAAAAAGAGAUGCUGGCUGGCUUAAACAAACAGGGAGGACACCGACUUUUGCAACUAAGCCUUUUUGUGCACUAAAGUACAAUGUUUGCCCAUAAAUUUGAAAUAUUUUGUAUCUGUACAGGUUUUAAUGUUGUUUUUAUUUAUUAAUAGAUUUCAUUAUGUACAUCUUAGCAAACUAACUUUUUGGGUGAAGGCUUGAACUGUUGGCUAAAGAUUUGGUCCAUUAGUAUAUUAAAAGAAAAUUAAAAGACAUACAAUACCGCUUGACUUUUUUCCACUUCAUUUUAAAUGUAGCCUACGGUCUUUCUCUGAAGAUUGUAAUUUUCAGUUUAUGCAUUGAAAUGUACAAGUGUUUUUGAGAUCUGGCUGCCUAAUUGAAUGAUUUAAACUGCAAUGAUGUUUAAAAGCCAAUGUUUCUUUUUGUUUGUGUCCUAUGUGUAUAUAUAAUCUUUUCUAUCUUGGAAACAUUAAUGUAUUCUUACACAUAUUUGACACUGUACAGGUAAGAACAAUGCAGGAAUUAGCAAUAAAUGCAGCUGAUAUUUUUGUAAAAGCUUUGUUUGCCAUAGUAUAAAUUACAUGUUGAGGUACUAUUAAAAAAGGCAAACUACUGCUACAUUCUUUACCUUCUCAGCUCAACCUUACCAUGCCUUUAAUGCUAGCAUACCAAUGAAUGUGAAUGCCCCAUUCUUAUGGAAUUGUUUUAUAAAUAAAAGUUUUAUCUGAAUGACACUUGGAGAA